GCAUGAUCCAUUGACUGCCGUUAACUGCAAAGUGUCGCUCAGACUUCCAAGGCUUCUGAGCUGGCCUCGUGCGCGUUUGGUUCGUUUCGUGGCGCCGAAAAAAAGCUUGCGCGUGAGAGAUUUUACUUGCCUUGCAUUUGAGUAGUAAGAGGGGAUCGUGAUCAGUGCGAGGCUGCAUGUUAUAUAAACCCUCUACCCCAGUAUGUCUUGUUGUUGAGUACCAUCGAUCAACAACCACUACAGAUCUUCCCGGAGCUACUUAACAUCAACGCUACCCCAGACUCUACCAACGAUAGUCGCCACUUGACUUUGCUCCCAUUCCAUAACACUACACACAACCUCAUACCAGCAACCGCAUACCAAACAAUCAAAAUGGUCAACUUCCACAUCAGCGAGCCUCACCCAUCCGCCGGUGCUUACAUGUACUCCGGCCGCGGCGGCGCUGGCAAUGCUAUGCGCAUCAAGGCCACCGAGGUCACUCCUGGUCCCACUGCUUCUGGCCCUGCCUCCCGCACCAAGUUGCCUCCCCCACCCAGCAACGCCUUCUACGCUACCGGUCGUGGCGGUGCCGGCAACAUGAAGAAGUCUGAACGCGCCAUCUUCAGCUUCGACGAGGAACUCCAACAGCAAGAACGCCUCCGCACCCAACAAGCACCCGUCUACCACAUCGGUCGCGGCGGUGCUGGAAACCUUGUUGAUGAGAUGAAGCCCCGAUCCCACCGCCAGAAUUCCGCCUCUUCAACCACCAGCUCAUCGAGCGUAGAGAGCGAGAAGGACGGCGUACGAAGGAGCAUCGAAAACACCUGGCAGCGUCUGAGCAGGCAAUUCUCUCACCAAUAGAGAGAAUGCCGCUCAAUUCUUGCUUCCCGUCUUCACUUCUUCAAUUCCUAUUAUCGGCAUGAGAGCUGGUUCUGAUUCUCUCAUCAUCAUCAUCAUCUCCCAUCAAAGCAUUUCCAUCAGCACGGCGUUCCAAGGAGAUUCUGCAUCUCCAACUGUAUCAUACCACCAAAAGUUCCUUUUACGACAUCUUCUCUUUUCUUCCUUUUAUCACGACAUACCACACAACCAUCGAGGAGCCAGGCGCCAACCUCCGGUCAUCAACAAAAAGUUUAUACCCGGAAAUGAUCGUCCUGCUCUUGCGAGAGAGGGCUUACUUAGGAGAUUUUAUACCCCCAGGCCAGUGAGAGGCUGGUGAGGAACAGGAUAGUUGUCCUGCCUCAGUCUAUAGUUUAAUUGACAUUCAAAUGUUCAUACUUGUGU